UAGAUAAUCAGGAUGUCAGAACAAUUUGUGGGCUGCACAGUUUCUGUAAAGUGUAUUGAAGAAGUUGGAACUUAUCAAGGACAAAUAGCAGACUUGAAUAAAGAUUAUGUUACACUUUCUAAAGCUUUUUGUAAUGGGGUACCUCAUACCUCACCUGUAGUUGUUAUAAGUGCAAAGGAUAUAUUGAAUGUGGAAUUUAUAUCAAUUAAUGAAACAGGAACCAAUGCGAAUGAUAAUAAUCAAACACAAAAUAAAGUAACUGUAAAAAGACCUAUUGCUAAAAGAGCUGGCAGAUCUUUUUCAGAAAGUGUCCCAUCUUCUGUUCAAUCAACAUCAUCUCAGACACAACCUAAUUUAAAAAAAACAGAGAGUAAUUCUCAGUCCAAUGUGGAACAAUCUGCAAAUGGAAAAGCUUCAUUAGCUGAAACUGUUAAUAAACCAAUUCAAAAAAGAUUGAGUCAUAGACAAAGAGCUUUAGAACGUGAUGAACACACAUUUGGUACACUGAUUGAUCAAUCUUUGAAUCCAGAUUUUGAUUUUGAAAAGAAUUUGGCAUUAUUUGAUAAAGAGGCUGUAUUGCAAGAAAUAAGGUCUUUAAAGCCUGAUAUUGUUAGGCAAUCAGAAAAUAGCAGGGGUACUAGUGGAAGAUACAGGCAUGAUGAAAAUGUUAUUGUUUCUGAACCCACAGUUUUUAAACAGAUAAUGGUACCCAGUGCUGGUGAAAAAGAAUAUGUAACAGACAAUGGUUUAAUAAUUCCUAGUAUAACACUUAAUCUUCAUCGUCAAUUAAUAGGAGCAGCAGAUAGACUUGGAAUUAGUUGGGAGCGUAGAGUAGAACUCCUUGGUCGUGCUGGUGCAGAAAUUACAUUGCAACUAUUGGGUGGAAGUCACAGACUUAAUCCAAAUAAUGCACAUCAGUGGCCAACAGUUGUUGCACUUUGUGGACCUCAUCGUUCUGGUGCUGCAGGUGUUAACUGUGCUAGACAAUUAUCCAGUCAUGGUGUUAAGACAAUAGUAUUUGUGGAAAAUUCUGAAGAUGUUUUUCUUUUACAAGAAUUAUCUUUAUAUAAACUAACAGCAAACAAGGUAGAAACUAAAGUUAAAAAUUUGCCAACUGUAGUAGAUUUAAUACUUGUAGCACUCUGUGAUGAAAAUUCUCCCAGAAUGAUCACACCUAUAGCAAGGUGGGCAAAUAGCAACAGAGCGCCUGUUUUAGCUAUUGAACCACCAGCUACAGGAACACCUGGUAUUCUUAGUAAAUUUAGCUUGCUUGGUGGAUUACCAUUAUCUCAUAGUGUUGACAACGGCAGAUUAUAUUUAUGUAAUCUUGCACUGCCAAACAAAGUAUAUACAGAUGUUGGUAUAACAUACAGGUCUCCUUUUGGACCGAAAUUUGUCAUUCCUUUGCAUUCCAAUAAUUCUUAG